UAGUGACCUGAUUACCAAAGCUUGAGUUGAGUCUUGAGUUGAGCAAUCACCCUCGACGAUGGUGGUGCUUUCGGGUUAGGAAAAUACAAAAUUCAAGUCAUCUAUUGGAUUUAUUGCUAACAAAUUACAUUGAUUUUUAAAUAAUUUUACCGUGUCUAUAUCAUAUCUGGAUUUUGUGAAGCUCCUGGGAUAUUUAAAUUUCAACAAUCACCAGAAUGUACCGGGCCCGAAGCGUGAUCAACAACUUGGUGCCGUUCUUGCCGUCGGCGGUGGGCCCCGAGCGAUUCGCGGCCUGGCUGCAGCGGUCGGGCGCCGGCCCCCUGUCGUCGCUGCUCGCCUCCCGCCACUACAAUGCCCCCGUCGCCACCGAGCCCUUCCUCAACGGCAGCUCGUCCGCCUACGUCGAGGAGAUGUACAACGCUUGGCUCGCCGAUCCCAAGAGUGUGCAUGCGUCAUGGGACUCGUUCUUCCGCAGCAGUUCGGCGGGCGCCCCACCUGGAGCGGCGUACCAGGCGCCACCCAACCUGGCCGAGUUGGGACGGAACCAGGUGCCUGUGUCCAGCCUCGUGCCCUUUAUGGGCGGGGCCUCGCCGGCGCUCUCUGGUGGACCUGUCAACGAGAAGAUCAUCGACGAUCAUCUGGCCGUCCAGGCUAUCAUCCGAUCCUAUCAGAUAAGAGGCCAUCAUAUAGCCAAGUUGGAUCCUCUGGGCAUCAACAGCGCCGAUUUGGACGACCGACAUCCUCCAGAACUCCUCUACAGUCAUUACUCGUUCGACGAAGCAGACAUGGACAGAACGUUCAAGCUGCCCUCGACAACAUUCAUUGGCGGCAAGGAGAAAAGCCUGACACUGCGAGAAAUUCUGAGACGCCUGGAGAACGCCUACUGCCGCCAUAUUGGAGUGGAGUUCAUGUUCAUCAACUCGCUGGAACAAUGCAACUGGAUCCGUCAGAAGCUGGAGACGCCUGGAAUCAUGGAGAUGGACAAGGACGAAAAGAGACUGCUGCUGGCUCGUCUCACCCGUGCUACUGGAUCCAUUCAUGAGCAGAAAAACAAAAUGUCGACGGAGCUGGGCGUGGAGUCGGUGGUGAUGGGCAUGCCUCACCGAGGCCGGCUCAACGUGCUCGCCAACGUCUGUCGCAAGCCUCUCGAGCAGAUAUUCACUCAGUUCGCUGCUCUCGAAGCUGCCGAUGAUGGCUCCGGUGACGUAAAAUACCACUUGGGAACCUACAUUGAAAGACUGAACCGAGUGACAAACAAGAACAUUCGCCUGGCCGUUGUGGCCAAUCCGUCCCACUUGGAGGCGGUCGACCCCAUCGUCCAGGGCAAGACUCGUGCCGAGCAGUUCUACCGUGGAGAUGGCGAAGGCAAAAAGGUGAUGUCGAUCCUGCUGCACGGAGACGCGGCGUUCUGCGGCCAGGGCGUUGUGUUCGAGACAUUCCACUUGUCCGACCUGCCCGACUACACCACCCACGGCACCAUCCACAUCGUCGUCAACAACCAGAUCGGAUUCACCACCGAUCCCCGACACUCUCGAUCCUCACCCUACUGCACUGAUGUUGCCAGAGUAGUGAACGCACCCAUCUUCCACGUGAACUCAGAUGACCCCGAGGCAGUGAUGCACGUGUGCAAGAUAGCCGCCGAAUGGCGCAACACAUUCCACAAGGACUGUGUUAUCGAUCUGGUGAGCUACCGCCGAAACGGACACAACGAAAUCGACGAACCCAUGUUCACGCAACCGCUCAUGUACAAUAUCAUUAAGAAAACCAAGCCCGGCUUGGACCUCUAUGCCGAUCAGUUGAUUAGCGAGGGUGUGUGUAACGAGGAGGAAGUCAAGGACGUACGAGACAAAUACGACAAAAUCUGCGAGGAAGCAUACAGCAACGCGCGCAAGGAGACCCACAUCAAGUACAAGGAUUGGCUGGACUCGCCGUGGUCGGGCUUCUUCGAGGGCAAGGACCCCCUCAAGGUGUCGCCAACCGGAGUCAAGGAGGACACCCUCGUCCACAUCGGCAAGCGCUUCUCCUCCCCUCCACCCAACGCCGCUGAGUUCGUCAUUCACAAAGGUAUCGAGCGUAUCCUGAAGGCGCGCAUGCAGAUGGUGGAGCAGCGGUCGGUGGACUGGGCGUUGGCCGAGGCGAUGGCGUUCGGCUCACUGCUGAAGGAGGGCAUCCACGUGCGCCUCAGCGGUCAGGACGUGGAGAGAGGCACGUUCAGUCAUCGCCACCACGUGCUGCACCACCAGAAGGUCGACAAGGCCACCUACCGCAUCCUCGCCAACCUCUACCCCGAUCAGGCGCCCUACACCGUAUGCAACAGCUCGCUCUCCGAGUUUGGUGUGCUCGGCUUCGAACUGGGCUUCUCGAUGACAAAUCCGAACGCACUGGUGUGCUGGGAGGCGCAGUUCGGCGACUUCAACAACACGGCGCAGUGCAUCAUCGACCAAUUCAUCUCGUCGGGCCAGGCCAAGUGGGUGCGCCAAUCAGGGCUCGUCAUGCUGCAGCCGCAUGGCUUGGAAGGCAUGGGCCCUGAACACUCGUCCGCCCGUCUCGAACGCUUCCUGCAGAUGUCAGCUGACGACCCCGACUACUUCCCGCCCGAGAGCGAGGAGUUCGCCGUGCGCCAACUGCACGACAUCAACUGGAUCGUCGCCAACUGCUCGACACCCGCCAACUACUUCCACAUCUUGCGUCGGCAGAUCGCGCUGCCCUUCCGCAAGCCGCUCAUCCUCAUGACACCCAAGUCGCUGCUGCGUCACCCCGAAGCCAAGUCCAGUUUCGACGAGAUGACCGAGGCCACCGAAUUCCAGAGGGUGAUUGCAGAUGAUGGACCGGCCAGCAAGAGUCCAUCGUCAGUGAAGCGACUGGUGUUCUGCUCUGGAAAGGUGUACUACGACCUCAAGAAGGCCAGGGAGGAAAGGAAGCUCGCUGACAGCGUUGCUAUCUCUCGUGUCGAACAGAUUUCUCCCUUCCCAUACGAUUUGGUGAAGAAGGAAUGUGCAAAAUACCCGAACGCUGAGCUGGUCUGGUCGCAGGAGGAGCAUAAGAACCAGGGAGCAUGGAGCUACGUGCAGCCCAGGUUCCACACCGCUCUCAACGGAUCACGCCAUGUCACAUACUGCGGCAGACCGACCGCGGCGUCUCCAGCCACCGGCAGCAAAAUGCAGCAUUUGCGAGAGUUGGCAGCCCUGCUCGACGACACACUUCGAGUCUAGACACUACCAACCUACCAAACCAAAACCUUAACAGGUUGAUACAAUUUAGCGCUUAUCGAACCAACCACUUCUACCCAACCUGGGUAGAAACAUAAAUCAUCUUCAACUACUGUGUUAAUAUUAAUGUAAUUAUUUAUUGAAGUUAAUGUAAUGGACAUAAUUGUCAACAUGUUUUUUGUUGUUUUGUAUUAUUUAAUUAUAAUGUACUACCAGUAUUUCGUGGGAUUUAUGUUCCACCUCUUAAGAAGCGCCGCCUUCUGUAAGAAAUUCAUCAAGGCAUACUUACUUCACAUUAACCUCAUACUAUUCGAAAGUAAUAUAUUCUUAUUACGGUAUAAUUGUCAAACUUUGAAUCGUAUCUCAAGAUAUAUUUUUCAUUUAAUGUGAUGAAUUUUCAGCCAGUUCAUAUUUGAUAUUCUCAUUGAAAUGUUGAAGAAAGAUUAAAUAUCAACUGCAAUAUUUGUUAAUGUUAAUGGUGAUGUUUGAGAAAGUUCAAUUAUUUUUACAUCACAUAAUUUUGACGAAUUAUAUUUUACCCACUUUGUCAUAUUGUAAACGUUAUAACAUCCCUUAUUUUGAUCGGUUCAGUAGAAUUAUUGCUAUUUUCAUGUUCUUAGAAUAAAACUAUUAAAAUUUAGAUAGAAAUAGUUGUCAUAACAUCUGACAAAGCACUCAUAAAUUAAACUGAUAAGCACCACCAAUUGAUGAUAGAGAUAGAAUUUUCUUUAUUAUAUGUGAUUUUCGGUUAUAUAAUUAUUCUACUUUACAAUGAUUGUUGAAGUAGUUCUCAGGCAUUAAUGCCGGAAAAUGAAAAAUUAGUUGAUUUAAUUAUUUUUUAAUUGUUAACUAAUUUGUAUUAGAGGUGGACAUGUAUUAGAAAUGUACAGCGUUGAGUUUUAUUGUACUUCUUUCGGUGAGGCUUUAGCGGAAAAUUUAUUUUAAAAACUGUUGGAUUCCUUGAAAUUUGAAUGUAACUAUUUAUUUCUGCUUUGUUACAAACAACACUGUCCAAACUGAUCAUGAUUAUUUUGUAAAGUAUUGUUAACUAGAUUUAUGUUCAAUUUAUGUAAAUAAAUCUUAAACAGAACAAAGUUUAAA